AUGGCUGUGUUGUUGGCAAACCUAGUUUGCUUUUCGAUUUGUGUCGGCAUCACGUUAACCGGGCUCGUUCGAGCUAGCGAUCCCGACAUCCUAUUCGACUACAUUCUCCCGCCAAACAUGACAGUAGCAGACGGAAAUUUCUUCACGUACACCAAAAUCCGUGGGUUUUUCGACGGGAUAGAUCUUACUAAAUCAAUGCAAGCCAGCUUGGCAGAGUUUCCGGCUCUAAAUGGCCAAAGUGUUUCGCUUUCGGUCUUACGGUUAGCCCCCGGAGGAGUGAGUGCACCGCACUCACGCCCCCAUGCCACCGGCCUAUUUUUCGUGUUGGAAGGCCGAGUGGAGGUGGGUUUUGUGGAUACGACUAAUAAACUCUAUACUCAAAGCCUACAAACAGGAGACAUGUUCAUUUUCCCAAAAGGACUUGUGCAUUAUCAGUAUAAUGCGGAUUCGAAGAAUCCGGCAACGGCUGUGGCGGCAUUUGGGAGUGCAAGUGCCGCCACGGUUUCGAUUCCGGCGAGUUUGUUCGGAGGAAACGUGGAUGAUGUGGUUCUUGCGAAGACUUUUAAAACUGACGUGGCUACGAUUCGGAAGAUCAAGUCUGGUCUUCAAGGCAAGGCAGCUGGAAUCAGAAGGUUCCAUUGA